AAAGACAAUCUGGCAAUGGCGCAUGGACGAGACGCUGUUGGCCCCCUUCCUCCUCUCUUUCUCUCACUCGUCGGCUGUGUGUGUAGACUGACUUGUGUUUUGUGUGCGCGCUCGUCGUAUCUCAGUGGAUGUUGAAACAGCCGCGGUCCCGCUCCAACGAAGACCCGUUUUUUUUUCCUAACAACAACACAUAUAUUAUUUCUUACAAAGCAAAGAAUCAUCCAUUUCCAAGUACCUAAGUCAUUCUGGUGUGUCGUGUUCCUCCAUAGUUUUUUUUUUGGCACCGAUCGUUUUCCCUCCCCUCCAUCUAUAUCCUCCAUUUUCCCUUUUUUUUUUAUAACUCGUGUGCAAUCGUGGUGUGUGUGUCUCUGUGCGUUGCCUCGACGUAUAUUUUCGCACUGCCGCCUCCAUCAUAUAAGCUUUGCUGCCGCUCGCCCCGCUGUCGCAGCAGAAGGUGAGUUGUACUGUGGAAAAGUUACACGGCGGCCAUCUUGUGAUCCCCCCUCCAGCCGUUUCUGGGAAUAUGUAGGAGAUAGCCACACAGCACAGCCAGAUACAACAUACACCAAGCGUCUCUCUCAGGGGGCCGUAACGUUGUCGUUUCGUGUGGAUUAAUCUCAGAAAAACAUUAUUAACAUCUACAAGAGCUUAAGAGUUUCAUCGAAAGAUUGAACCAUUCUGCAGGAACUUUAUUUCGGUGUUUUCACACAUUUCUUGAUGUGGUGACCAUGGCCUUGCAAAUGUCGCCUGUUGAUGCUCAUACUGAAAAUCAGCCUCCGUGUUAUUAUCAGCCUGCAGUGCUGCUGCCUGAAGCUGCUGCAGGAACGAGCAGUCAUCAAGUUGAGCCCUUUCAGUGCCAACUUUUGGAGUGCUCCUCUGCUGAACAAGUGCCUCUUCCUACUAACCCUGUGCCACCAAAUUUAAGGAAAGUCGAACAAAGGGUGACUGCUGUGAGGAAGGAGGGUGCUGUUGUUGAGGAAGUGAUGGAUGCCUCAUUGCUCGUAGAGAGCAGUGAAGUGAGGCGUGGUCCAGAGGCUGAGGAUUUGAGAGGAGGAGCUGCUUCUGAAAUUCUCACCCUGCUGGAAGUUUCCCAAUCAUCUGUGAUAGACAGCUCCAACGUCGGUUCAUCCUCGGAGGGAUCGACAAACCCAGGCACGCACGAAUCCCUUAGCAACCCACCAUCUCCCUGUCUGGUCGAUAAAGUCGAGAUAGGAUCAGCGGCCGCCAUUUCUUCCUCAAGCAAUAGUCUUAACGAUGCACAAAAGGAUUCGGGCGACGCAAUGAGGCAAAGCGGGUCGGCUUGGCGAUCGUGGAGCUCUAAUCAAUCGACUAUGACAUUCUCAGGAGAGACGAAUCCUCCAAGUGCAACUUAUGCCGAUUCUGUUGUGUGCCCUCUGUCGACCUCUGCUCACUCCACCCUCGUCUCUUCUGCCUCUGCCGACUCUGAUGAAGACUAUUGUGAUAGCAAGGAACCACUGAUCAUCAAGGGAAGCAGUCGCAGUAGUAGCACAUCGGUGUUCCUCCAAUAUCCCCCGAUCGGGCCGGCUUCCAACCGGCAUUGGGGCAUUCCUCAAGGAGCGGGUUUGCGCGGAGGUGCUGGCGAGACCUCCUUGAACAAUGGAGGAGGCAGCUGGGGUCAUCCGCCAGCUAGUGGAAGUUGGGGAGGCGGUGGAACCAACAACGCGGCGAACCAAGUCCAAGGCCAAUGGGGAGCAGCAUCCUCCACGGCCAACCAACGGAGCUCCGCAGCUAGUCAGGGACCAUCUGGAGCGCCGCCUCCUGGAUCCUCGGGACCGCAAGUUUCCAAUCAGCAGCUACCGACCGGUGCCCAACAACAGCAGCAACCUCAAGGAGCCUGGGAUACGACCAAGAAUGUCGUCACUGGCAAUGUCGUUCAACCAUCUGGAAGCUCGCCAAGCCAGGGUGUAUGGGCUGCUCAGGCUGCCAAAAACGUACCUAAUCAACCGACCAAUACCAACCCUAAUCAAGACAUAAUGGCUGCCAACCCCUUGAACUUACCUCAAGGUGGAAACGGUGGUGGAGGAGCCGUGGGAGGUUCUGGUCCUGCCACUCCUAGUUCUGGCAAACCGGAUCCUUUGGCUAACUACCGAGAUGUGAUUUACGCCCAGGACGGCUGGGGAGGCAACCAGGUGAAUCAAGACUCUCAAUGGGAUGUACCAACAUCACCAGAGCCAAAAGAAAUUCCGCUAUGGAAGCAAACUGCAAGCAAUGGAACCGAAGUCUGGGAAGUCAAUCUGCGCAACGGCGGCCAAGCCCCUCCGCCCAUCACUCAGACCAAGACACCAUGGGGAAGUCACACUCCUGCCACCAAUUUGGGAGGCACUUGGGGUGAAGAUGACGAAUCGUCGGAACCAUCCAGCAUGUGGACGGGUGUUCCGGCUAACAAUGGACCUACAAAUUGGGGAGCUAAUCCCAUGGGAGGUGCUCUGAACGCCGGACCAAUGGGCCCAACGUCAGUCCCAACUGGUGCUUCUGCCAUGGGUACGACUGGAAUUGCAUCGGGUAACGGCAUGUGGGGUGGACAGCAGCAGCAGCAACAACAACAACAGCAGCAGCAGCAGCAACAACAACAGCCACAGAAAAAAGAGCCGGAGUGGGCUCCAGCCAGUUCAAUGCAAACUGGACCUGGUGGAUGGGGCGAAGUUCGUCCACCUCAACGCAUGGCUAUGUCUGGUAUCGGACCAUCUGUCCCCGAAAAUAUGAUGGCACCUUCUGCACCAUCUCACUGGCCUGGACCGCAAAACAAACCAGCGCCGCAAUGGAGUGGAAAUGUACCUACGAAGGAGAUGAAACCAACAGGGUGGGAUGAGCAUUCACCUCCUGCUCAGAAACGACAGGUGCCACAAUAUGACGACGGAACGGCCGUUUGGGGUAACCCAGCCCAAAUUCAACAGCCUGGUGGAUCAGUCGUCUGUCGCUGGAAAGAUAUGCCCAACCCUAAUGUGGCUGGCGGGCGUGGAAUGCAACAAUCUGGCCCGCCUCCCAACCGAAUGCCACCAGGACCGGGAAUGAAAACGGACAUGUCCUGGGGUCAAGCUCGUAACGGCUCCUGGGGAGAAGGAGGCGUAGGUGACAACAGUCAAAUGAACAACAUGUGGAUGGAUGACAAACCUGUAGGUGGUGGCUCAUGGAACGAGCCUCCUCAAACACCUACACCUUGGGCUGCUGGACCCAAACCAAAAACUCCCACAACUCCAAGUUGGGGUGAGAGUGAAGACAACUUGUCGUGGGGUCAGCCACAUAAGCAGGUUCCUAAACCUUUGGCCAAGGAAAUGAUAUGGAGCAGCAAGCAAUUCCGCAUCUUAUCCGAAAUGGGUUUCAAGAAAGAAGAUGUGGAGAAUGUCCUACGCAAUUGCAACAUGGUGAUGGAAGAUGCCCUGGAAACCCUGCGCUCUGGUCGUGGGAUGUUUGGAGAUGACCAUGGCUCGGGUGGUUACGAUCCAAUGGGACCGCACGGAGGAGCGCCUUAUCCUCCGGGCGCUCGAUUCAAUCCCGGUCAACAAAUGCCUUUUGUUCACCCUGGAAGUGGUGGUGCACCUCAUCACUUAUUGAACAAUCCUGCUCCUAGCAUGGGAAUGAACCCUAAUCCUGCAUACAAAAUUCUUCAGCCUCAGCAACCGCCACCAAUGCCGCCUCAGGUCAAUCAAUCACAAAUGGUCCGGAACAUGUCGCGAGUGGACACUGGCGUUUCGUCUGGUGCAGGAGCCGGUAGUCAACCUUCGCCGACUCAGUUACGAAUUCUCGUUCAGCAAAUCCAAAUGGCUGUACAGGCUGGUCAUUUGAAUCCCCAAAUUCUCAAUCAGCCACUGGCUCCUCAGACGCUGGUGCUGCUCAAUCAGUUGCUACAACAGAUCAAAGUACUUCAGCAGCUUGGUCAACAGCACAAUAUGGCUCUUAGUAGGCCGGGACAAGGCCCUAUGGGGGGUCCCAUGAUGCAGCUCGUACCUCAAAUGAACAAAACCAAACAGCAGAUUGCCAGCUUGCAACAGCAGAUCGCCGCCCAACAGGCUCUGUAUGUCAAGCAACAAGGCCAAAUGAUGAAUCAACAGCCGCCCGGGGCUCCACCGAGCCAACCAUCUGAUCUAUUCAAAGUGGAUUCUGUUCACGGCAUUCAGUCCAAUUUGGACAGGAUGAGUUUACAGGAUUCUGGACAAUCUCGGCUCUCUCAGUGGAAGUACCCGCCACUCGACAAGGAUCUUUCUGAUCUAGGCAUGUCGGAAUUCAGUCGUGCACCCGGGAGCAGUGGUGGAGCUCCGGGUUCAAUUCCCAGCAACGCUAAACCGCCACUAGGUAGCAGCCUUUCUUCUCCCAACAUGAAUCCAGUCCUCGGUCAAGACGGCGGUGCUUGGUCGAGUCUUUCGCGCUCUCAGUCCGAGACUGGCUGGCCUGACACCAAUCAGGAUUUGUCAGCUCCGGGAUCGGUGGGAGGCAACGAUGGAAAGGAUAGUUGGAGCAGUGCUGCCGGAACCUCUUCAUAUUCUGGUUCCAUAUCGGAUCUCGUUCCCGAGUUCGAGCCUGGCAAACCAUGGAAGGGACCACAGAUCAAAACGGCAGAUGACGAUCCAACUCUCACUCCCGGAACUUUUGCCAUGUCUGGUCUGAAUGAGGCCGACGUUUACUCAAACAACGCAUCAAAAGGAGGACAGAGCUCAACCAAAGCUUCACCUCCUCCUGUGGGAAGUGGUGGAACAAGCUCCUCGAAUGAAUCGGGCUUCCCCACCCUGGGUCUUUCUAAUUCCACCUGGUCUUUCAAUCCGUCUUCGGCGUCGUCGAGUUCCGUCCCGUCCACGUCGACUCCUUACAGUUCUGCCAAGAUAGCACCAAAAUCGUCUUGGUCUGACGCCCCGCCGCCAUCUGCGGACCCGUGGAGCGCACCAAACAAGCCUCGUGGUCCGCCGCCAGGCAUCACCCCUUCGGUAGGCGUCGGCCCAAAGACUGCCGGCCGCGACUGGAGUGCAGCAGGCAGCCGCUCACCUUGGCCUGGAACUAAUACUGCCGGCUCUGGAGGCACGUGGGCCGGUUCUCUCAAUGGUUCGUCGUCGUGGCUCGUGUUACGUAACUUGACCCCGCAGAUCGAUGGCUCGACGCUCAAAACAUUGUGCGUCCAGCACGGUCCACUUCAUAACUUCCAUCUCUACCUCAACCAUGGAGUUGCUUUAAUUCGUUAUUCUACUGGCGAAGAAGCUGCCAAGGCCCAAAGUGCUUUGAACAACUGCGUGCUCGGAAACACGACGAUUUAUGCAGAUCUAGCCAACGAAUCUGAUGUGCAGGGCUGGCUGCAACAGCUUGGCAUGCCCGCCCAACAGCAGCAACAACAGCAGCAGCAACAAAAUCAACAACAGCAACAGCAAGCUGUUUCCUCCAGUGGGUGGGGCGUCAGGGGCUCUACUCCUGGCGCCGGUUCCAACAGCGGAAGCGGCAACGGAGGUGGUGUAGGAAGCAACGCCUCAAAGGGAAGUGCCAACGCCGGAGAUAAUUGGGGAUCUGGUGCCGGUGGUCCUAGUUCGAGCCCAUGGUCGACGGGUCCCAAUUCAGUCUGGUCUACUCCGAACUUGGAUCGUGAUUUGAGAACCACGCCGUCAUCGCUGAACGCAUCGCUCAACUCGUUUCUGCCUGGCGAUCUCCUGGGCAACGAGUCCAUGUAAAAGUGAGGAUACAAACACACGUGACUCAAAAACAAAGCAAAAGAGAAUCGACAAAAUUACGUGUCAAUUUGAGAAUAGAUGAGAGAAGAGAAAAAUACCAAGGUAAUGUUCAAUUCGUCAAAAAUAUUUUCACAGCUGAGAGCAAUCAACCAACUAAUGUGUAUGCCAGACGUAAUAUAGUGUUAUUCCACCCUCCCGAUCCCUUCGUAUUCACGGUGACGGAAAAGUUGUCACUCUUUCAAAUUUAAUAUUACUCUUAUAUUAUGGCCUAAUGCCGCUGCUGUUGCUGCUGCACUGAUGCGUAGUGUGAACCGUCCUCUUAAUCUUCCCCCGAAAAACACCAAUGAGGCCAUUAAGCAUUUACAAAGAAAGAAAGCAAAGUAGUAGUAUAUUAUGAUAUCCCUAUGUUUCGUUUUUUUUUUCUCACGUGACUCCCCAAAAUAAUUUCCUCUCGUCUUAUGAUCGCUCGCGCCACACACACACCACUCCAUUCAAUUUAGUCGAAGUUUUUCCUAUGUAAGGCUUUGUUUUUGGUCAGAGUAAGUCCUCUUGUUGUGUCUUGUAAUAAUUUUGUUUUGUGUGUGUGUGUGGGAGUGGUCUAUCACUUUGUGCGUGCCAGUUGUUUUUUUUUUCUCUGUCUCUUUAUUUGCCACUACCGAGGUGUUCUCUCGCUCCACUCCAAGUCCCCCACUUUUUUCAAAAGCUAAAAAGAAAGAGUGUCUCUCGUUCCAGAGACCGUCAUGAAACCAUGUUAUCAGAAACAAAACAAAAACUUUUGAGAGAGAAGGGGAUAGAGAGCGACGGAUAUUUUUUUUUUUCAAAUGCUCUCUUCCUCUUGCAAUUUGUUUGUUCUCCUAUAUCCACCUCAACAAACGACAACUACUACUAAUUCUAGUGCCCUACCCUCCACUUCUUCAGCCCCGCAAUUUUUCCUCCUCUUUUUUCUUUUUAAAUUCUCAUUCUCUUCCGUCUCUUCUCGUGACUCAAUCAUCUUACGAAGCUGGAAUUAUUCCCUCACGGAAGUAACGAAAUGAAAAUACUUGUGCGAGUUUUCUAGUGGGGAGAUGUAUAUCUUUAUGUAGAGAGGUAUUGCAAUUCGAAAUGGUUAAAAUAGCCGCGUGGAUACCAAGUCAGGACACUUCUCCCUCCCCUCCAGUCCCCCCUCACCCCUUUACACCACCCUCUGCUACAUAACCUUGCUGUUCUGUGUUAGACUGUGAUCUCAAAAGUCGUGACCACUCGAGGCUUUACAUCCAUUGAGAAUUUCACCGCUCUUUCCCCUCCUUAUCUUCAGCAAUGGAGAGAAAAAAGCAAAACAAAACAAAAAAAGACAAUUAAUAGGAAAAAUGAACACGCGUUGAUAUUUUCCGUUCGCCUAUGAUCCGGACCCAUUUCAAAAUCUGGUGACUUAAUUCCCCCCCUCCAAUCUUUUUCUCCUCUUCCUCCGAUUUUUUUUUUUUUUCGCUUUUUGUAAACGGGUCAACUCAAGUCUAGCUGUCGCAAACUUUACUUGUUUUGGGGGCUUUGAGCCGACGUUUAUCCUCCUACCAGCCCGUGUGUCAAUGAGAGGUGCUAGACUCCCUCCAUUCAUUUUUUGCCUCACGCUCCUCCUGUACUCCCCAAUCUUUCAAGUCCAAUGAGGAAAAAGCAAUUAUUAAUUAUUAUUAUUUUUUUGAAUUUCCGGAGUGAACACAAGGAAGAAAAAGUCUUGUACGUCUCUUUUUAAUUUCUUAAGAAAACAAACAUUCUCUCGCCAUCAAUUGACCUGAUCGCCGGCAGUCGUACAUUUUUGUUGUUGUUGUUAACUUGCCUUGCUAAUUUGUUGUGGAAGCUUGAAAAAGAGUAAAAACCUAUACGAAAAGAUGCGCUUUUUUCCCCCAAACCCUGUCAACUGACCAGAGAGAAGCACACACACAACAACUGUGAAAUUAAACAUCACACGCAGUCGUAUCAAGUCUUGUCAUAUUACUUGCGCCGCGACCUCAGCACCAGUGGCUCAUUCAUCCCUUUGCUCUCCCUUAAAAUUUUUUUCCACCCAUACAAAUUCUUAUUUGGUUUUUUUGUUUGUUUAGUUCCCUCUUGAUUUCUCUCUUGAAAAAUGAUUUGCUAGAUUGUUUUCUUUUUAGUUUUCCCCCUCGUGCGACCCAGGUGAGGACGGCAUUUUUUCCCCCUUGCGUUUUUAUUAUUUCGUCGUCGGUCAGUAUUGUUUGGGUUCAUUCAUGUGCCACAGUUUCAUAUGACAUGGGAUGUGUUAGUUUUUGCAGGAAUGGGGGUAAAACAAAGAUUUGUAUUUUGAUGGGGGAGUCUUAGUCGGUCGUAGGCUUUACUACUUGAUAAUUACCGCAUAUAUAAACAAAGUUGUGUAUCUCUUUCACAUGUGUAGAAAAGACGAAAGCUGACCCCUCGUCUCUUGUGUCUUGACGAAUAAUUGAUUUGAUAGAUUCUCUUUUGAAAUUUUGUUUUCGCUCCCAAUCAACAUAUUUGUCAUUUCGUGUUCGGAGAAAAUCGCGCAAUGCCCCCUUUACAAAUUUUUUUUUUUCAAACAACACCAACAAAAAGAACUCAUGUUUUCUUGAAAAUAUGCGAUUACAUGCCAUCGGCCAUUUUUUUUCCCUUUUUGCGAGCGAUAAUUUCAGGCAAUUGUCAUGUCGUUAUUUCAUUUUCAAAAAUAUCUUUGUUUUGUAUUCGAUAGCCAUAUCACUCAUUUGAAAUGAGAAGAGAAAGAAGGAAACAAUAGGGAGGGCGGGUGUUGAUCGAUGUCUUUGACACUUGAUGGCAGGGUUUUUUUUUUUUCUUUUUUAAUUAUUAUUGUGUUGAGGGAAGGAGAUGCAUGCGAUUGUCCUUCCCAGUCUCUCACGCGCUAAUAUUUCGGCAGUCAGUCGUCUGGAGGAAAGGAUAUGAAAAAGUAGAAAGUAGUUCUGUUUGUUUGUUUUUUCGUGUGUGACCAAAAUGCGCUUCUUCGUUUUUGUCCCCCCUCGAUAACAAGAGGAAAAAUAUUCUUAAAAUGCAGCGUUUGUUUUGUCGUCGUCUUCUCUAUUUCUUUAUCAUUGUUUCUUGCGGCCCAGUGGCCAUUUUUGUCAGUUGCGUCCUGAAAAAAUCCAUUAUCUGUUGUGUGCGUAGUAGCAAAGCAAAGCAAAAAAAAGUAAAAUUUAAUAGGAAAGUUCCGAGGAUUCUUCCCUCUCCCGUUCCCCCGCCAGAUUAAUUUGUCAUCCACACCCUCCUCCCCCUCAAGAAAUUGAAGAAAAAAAGGUGAUAAUUCGUCCAGUGAAGAAAAAAGCCUUCCCUUUCAUCAUCCUUGGUGUUAGAAAUUAUUUUUUUUUGUAUUAUCAUAAUGAUUUUUCUUCUUUUCUUUUUCGGGACUGGCCUGCUCUGUCUACCCGCAUCAGAUUUUGACAAGUCACCGGAUAAUUCCAGUAGUAAUUCUUGUAUGGCUCCUGUUCUCCUUUCUUUAAAUCUCCCUUGUUUUGCGCGCCGUUUAAACAUUUUUUUUGUAAUUUUUUUUUCUUUGAUAAUUAUUAAUAUAUAUUUUUUUUAAUGGCAAACCCCCUUAGGAAAGUGGGCGGGUGUGGGAUUCUGUCCAGUCGAUUCUCUUGCUUGAUUUUUUAAAAAUAAAAAUAUUAGAAAAUAUCUAAUAGUAAAUCCACAUUUCCACGAAUCGAUACGCCGCUUCUCCCGUGUCCCCCUUUCUUUCGUUCAAAAUUAACAAAAAUUCAGUAAAUAAGAAACUUAGCAGAUUGCACACACACGGGUUUCGUCAGUUCCGAAACAAAAAGUUAGCAUUGAACGCGUCAGACAAGAUUGUGUAGCCAAAAAGUGCCUUUUUUUUCCUCGACUCAUUCAAGACGGUCUCAAAUUCUAUCGUUCCCAUCUCUCUCUCCUAUCCCACUCUCUGAAAAAAAGAAAUCGAGAGACAUUUUGGAUGACGAGAAGAAGAAAAAACAAAUCAACCAACAAAAAAUCAUCUUUCAUCGCAGAAUAAAAGCAAAAAAACCACGUAUUGCCUGGCUUUAUAUCAGUCAACUGUAGCUAUUCAAGAUCUUCGACAGCGAAACGAAAAAAAAGUGAAACAAAAAAUCAGACGUGUAAUAAUUGACUCGACACCUCCAAAAAAUUCAUUUGUGAUUUUCAUUCUCUUUCUAUCUGUCUGUCUACCAAAAUCGUCUUAUCAGCUCCUCUCUCUCUUUAUCUCUCCCUGAAAUUUACCGGGACGAAUGCGUGCAGACAAUGUCCGUUAUUCUCUCCACCACUAUACACACAUUACACACAUAUUUAGUAGAUCUCUGCGCACCAGUUCUAUUUACUAUUUACACUAUUUACGUUAUUUUUUUUUCUUUCUUUUUUUUUAAUUUGGCUUUAUUGAUUAUCUUAGAUUUGAAGCCGAUCAGCAGAAUUAACUUCGUAUCCUUUGGGCAGCUUUCUUUUCUCUCCCUACCUUUACCUCUCCUCCCUUUUACCCUCCCGUCUGUAUUUUGGUUUGGACUUGAAGAAAAAUUUGAGAUUUUUUUCCUAAUUAUUAUUUUUUUCCCCCUCGUCCUCCUUUGCUUGUGUUGUAAUAGCCAUUUUCUUUUGUUUUUCUCCAUCUAUUCAUAAGAAUAAAUGACCUUGAUGAGACCUUU